AUGAAUUAAAAGAUAGUAUUAGAGAAAUGUUUAGAACACUCAGAAGAAAUUGUGGCCAUUAAUGAAAACGAAAAAGACUUACAAAAAAGAGGAUUAUGCACUAAAUGUUUGGCUAAUGGAUACAAAAAAAAACAUAUUCAAGAUUCGAUCAAUCAGAUCAAAUAAACUAAAUAAUUACUUAAAGAAGAUAAAACAAAUUUAUUGUAAAGUUAUUUGGAAAAUAUGAACAAAUUAAAUGAAAGUGUUGAAUUAUUGAAGAAGUUUUACAUUUAAUAAAUUGAAUUGAUAAUCAUUUCUAUUAAAAAGUGGACUUAAUAAAUUCAAAAUGUAGAAGAAGAUUUUAUUAAUAAGAUAUAAUCUAAAGAAUCUUAUGAUUUCUAAUUAUUUAUUCAAUAUAUUUAGGAAGAAUAAAAGAAUUAAAUUCAAGAUUCUAUUGACUUUAAAGUUAAUAUUCAAAAUUUAUUACUAUCAUUAACAGAAACUGAUUUAAUUAAAAAAUGCUAAAUAUUGUUAGAAAAUCAAAUAACCAAACCGAUUGUUUUUGAAAAUAAUGAUAAAAAAGAAAAUGAAGAUGUAGAAGUAGUAUAAAAUUUAUUAAUUUAGGAACUAAAUUUAUUAUGUGAAGAUCAUAAGAAAUAAAUUACAAUAUUUGAUCUUUGUAAAGAAAGAACUAGUUAAAAACGUAUUGGAUGUUUGGAAUGUUUAGAUGGCACAAUUAAAUAUACUUCUAUUAAAAGAGCUCAUUAAAUGUGGAAAUAAAUUCAAUAAAAAAAAUUAGAAAAAAUGAAUUAAAAUGCUGAUGUAUUCUAAAAUAAAGUCAAUUGUCUUAAGGAUUAUUUAUAAAUAGUAUAAAAAGGAUAUAUUUCUGCAAUUGAGAAUACUACGAAUAAAUUAAAUAUAAUUUAUUAAGAUUAUUCUAAUAAAGUUCAUUUAACAACUAAUAAUUUAAUUAAUACAUCUUGGAAAUGUUUAUCUAAAGAAGAAAUUAUUAAAAUUGCAUAAGAUUUAAGUUAAAUUAAUUAAUAAAAUAGUUAAGAAGAUCCAUUAUUUAUUGAAUAUGAUAAUUAAGAUAAUUAAAUAAAUUAAAUUAUUAAAGAUACUGUUUUAUGUUUGUAAGAAUGUUAAAUAACUUAAUUUAAUAAAAUAAAUGGAUUAAUUAAUAAUUUAUUGAUAAAUGAUAAUAUUUAAAGUUAUAUUAUAGAAAAUACCAAAACAUAAUAAUUUUCUUCAAUAAUCUAAUCGAAAAUUAAAGAAUAAUAAUUAAAACCAUUUACUUAUAAUUUAUUAUAGAAUAGUUCAAUUAAAUAAAUUGAAUCAUGUUAUGCAAUUGCAUUUAAUAAAGAUAAUUCAAUUGUAGUAAUUGGUUGUAGUAAAUAGAUCAAAGUAUUUGAAUUUAAAUAAGAAAAAUUAAAAUAAUCUCAAAUUAUAAAUGAACAUAACGAUCGGAUUUUUACAUUGAAUUUUAUGAAGAAAUCAAAUUAAUUUAUAUCAGGAAGUGACGACGAUAAUUUUAUUAUCAUAUGGUUAAUGAAUGAAAAUAAUGAAUGGAUUUGUUAAUAGAAAUUAAAUGGACAUACAAGUUAUAUUUUAUGUUUAGUAUUGAAUAAUAAUGAAGAUAUUAUCAUAUCUGGAAGUGCAGAUAAAUCAAUUAAAUUUUGGAUGAAAUAGAAUGAAUGGAUCUGUUCAUAAACUAUCACAGAUCAUACUGAUUCUGUAUAUCAAUUAAAUAUGAAUGAUUCAUAAAAUAAAGUGAUUUCUUGUGGAUAAGAUAAGUUAAUAUUAAUAAUAGAAUAGUCAUAAUAGGAUUAAAAAUGGAAUAUAAAAUAAAAGAUAAAUGUUGAAUAGUUUGGUUAUAGAAUAUGUUUUAUUAAUGAUAAUUUAUUCACAUUUUAACCUAAUUCUAAAGAAUAAAUGCAUAUUUAUGAAAUCGAUAGUAAUAAUAAAUAAUAUUUAAAAACUAAAGAGAUUAUAGUUAAAUCUGGAUAUGCAAGUUGUGAUUUUUUUUUUCCUUAAUAAUAUAUAAAAUAGAAAUGUUUAGUGGUAAAUAAGAAUGGAUAUAAUGUUAAUUUAAUAAGGAAAUAACAAAAUGGAUCUUUUAUUAAUGAAUAAUCUAUUGAUUUUGGAACAAAUGGUUUAUAUGGAUUAAUGAGUGAUAAUGGAGAUUAUUUGAUUACAUGGGAUGAUAAAUAAAAAGAAAUUUAAAUUAGAAAAUAUUAAGAAAAAUGA